CACUCCCUAUUGACCUUUAUCUAGGUCAUCAAACAUAGGCCAUCUGAUAAAAACAGUAUAAAGCCCUACAUGUUUUCUUUCAACGACCAUAUCCUACACGUGUAACAAUUUUUAUUAGUCCGCGAGUUUCCUGUAUCAUAACAUUUUUCAAAGUGACAAGACAGUGAUUUAUUGUGACGUCGAGGAGUGCGGUUACGUGUUUGAUUUCAGCGUCAGUAACUUGUGUGGAAGAAAAACGUGACACAGAGAACAAUGGCGAUCAAAACAGAUUUUGAGUUUUCUGAGGACCUGGCCACGGACCCUGAGGUUUUGAGAGGGUACAACGAUCAAGGGUAUUUCAUUGUCAGGUCAUUACUGAACAAAGCAGAGCUGACAAAGUUACAGAAAGCACUAGACAAUGAUGAGGGGAUUACGAAACACGCUUACGCCAUCAACGACGGUCAUGGUCGUAAUACCCGAAUGGUUCUCUGGAGUCAUCCGGGAAACGACAUCACAGGCAUGAUCGCAAGAUCACAAAAAGUCGCCGGGGUUUCUGAAAAGCUCCUUGGAGGAGAAGCUUACCAUUAUCACACCAAGAUGAUCAUGAAGGAACCAAGGACAGGUGGAAGUUUCGUCUGGCAUCAAGACUACGGGUACUGGUACAAGAAUGGAUGCUUUUUUCCUGACAUGAUGAUUUCUUCAUUCAUUGCAGUUGAUAAAUGUGACAGGGAAAAUGGAUGUCUCCAGAUAAUCCCCGGAUCUCAGAAACUUGGUCGCGUCGAUCAUGUCAUGGUCGGAGGCCAGACGGGGGCCGAUCUCGAAAGGGUCGAGUUCGCCAAGAAAAAGCUCGGCGUCGCUUUCGUCGAACUCAACGCAGGAGACGCCAUUUUCUUCCACUGCAACCUACUGCACUGUAGCAGCGCUAACAACAGCGACAGAAGGAGGUGGUCCUUCAUACUGGCCUAUAACCGAAAGGACAAUAACCCUAUGAUUCCACAUCACCAUCCUCAGUACACACCUAUGACCAUCGUGCCUAAUUCCACCAUCUUGGAAUGCUCUGAUGUACCUGAUUUGACCGGGAAAGAUUUCCUGGACCCAAAUAACGACAAGACGGUUAAAGCGGAGCAGUACCCAGGACCAAAAUCCAAUUAAAACCAGUUGAAAUCUCCAACUGGUUUCAAUUGGUUUC